CAGAGCCAGGCAAUCUGCCGGUGCAUGACUCCAGCUCAUAAACUCACAUCAGAACUGUGGAAGUCGGGGGUUGAUUCAGGCACAUACACAAAACCAUAAUCUUAGCCAUGUCGUAUCCUCAGGGCUACUUGUACCAGCCGUCAGCUUCUUUAGCUCUUUACUCGUGUCCAGCGUACAGCACGAGCGUAAUAUCGGGACCCAGGACGGAUGAACUUGGGAGAUCUUCCUCGGGAUCUGCGUUCAGUCCGUACGCCGGAUCGACAGCGUUCACAGCUCCUUCCCCAGGCUAUAACAGUCACCUCCAGUACGGCACAGAUCCGACCGCUGCGUUCACUUCCUACGUGGGCUCUCCCUAUGAUCACUCGACGGGAAUGGCUGGAUCUAUAGGAUAUCACCCGUACGCUGCUCCUUUAGGCUCUUAUCCCUAUGGUGACCCAGCCUACCGAAAAAAUGCCACCAGAGAUGCCACUGCCACUCUGAAAGCCUGGCUCAGCGAGCACAGGAAGAACCCUUACCCCACCAAAGGCGAGAAGAUCAUGUUGGCCAUCAUCACCAAGAUGACUCUGACUCAAGUCUCCACUUGGUUCGCGAACGCCAGGAGGAGGCUGAAGAAGGAGAACAAGAUGACCUGGACCCCGAGAAACAGGAGCGAAGACGAGGAGGAAGAAGAGAACAUCGACCUGGAGAAAAACGACGACGACGAGCCACCAAAAUCUUUAGAGAAGGGCAACUCGUCGGAAUCAGAGUCAGGGAAUCAGAAAACGAAGAUAGCAGAAAUCGCCUGUGAAAGAUUUGAGGAACAAGAUCCCAGCAAAGAAAGUGGGCAGAUCCUUUGCGAUUCGGAGUUAAAAGACGGAGAGGAAAGAGGAACCAUUCACUCGCCCAAAGCCACUACUUCUUCCCUGGUUGUGCCUCCUGGAGCUGAGCUCUUACACGAUAGCAACGACUCCGAGCUGGAAAAUGCACAUACAAACCGAACUCACACUCUUCCGAGUAACACCGCGAACUGCAAUGUGACUUCAGUCAUCCAUUCCCCCCCGGCUACAAGCUCCAAGCCCAAACUCUGGUCUCUGGCGGAAAUCGCUACCUCGGACAAGUCCAAGGAACAGAGCGAGCCAUUGCAGAGUGCGUGCCCGGGUCAGGGCUGCGCCGUGUCGGCCAGCGCCUCGUCUCCAUCCCGUUCCCCUUGUCCUUACCCGAACAGCGCCGUGCUGGGUCGGCCUCUCUACUACACCUCGCCCUUCUACACGGGCUACACGAACUAUGGUAGCUUCGGGCACCUUCACAGCCACCAUGGAGGUAGCAGCACAACACACUUCAGUUCCAAUGGAUUAAGCCAGACUGUCUUAAGUAGAGCAGAGGCUCUAGCAAAACUCUGUCCGGAAGCUAAAACAAAGAGCCCGGCACAAAUAGAUCAUUGCAAGGACACGUCGUCUUAUGAUUUGAAGAAAGGUAUGUCCAAUAUUUAAUACUGGUUCUUCGCCGAAUUUCUGGACACUAUUUAUUAUUUGGCCAUGGCAAAGUAUUUUCCGUGAAGAUGGUAUAAAGUGACA